AUGAGGCGAAAGAAACUUACAGAAGGACUUCUAUACUACGAGCUAGCUUACCAGCUCAGAUUGCAAGAUGCGCGUAGAAGUAAGAUCGAUCUGAAUGCUCAAACGGCCUCAUCUAACUCUGAUCACUCACUUCCACCUUUGUGUUUGCAGACCAGGUCACCAGACAAUCAUACAACAUCGUCCAAGGUUCCAACAUUCAGCUCUCUCACCUUCGCCGUCCUCCUCUGCGCGGCUUCGGGCACUCUUGCCCAGAACCAGCCAAAGGACAAGUACAAGUGCUAUGUGCCUUUCGAUACUUGCAGCAAGCCCAUCCCGGCUGAGCUGAAGGCUUCGAUGGCCAAGGAAUUCGGUGCCCGCAGCGAAUGCCGACUGACGGAAGUUGUCUACUACGGCGCCCCCGACGCCGCGAUUGAGGGCGUGUACUGCGAGCCUGGUCCCGUUCGUAGCAUGGGCGGGCUGUUCCAAUACUCCGUCGGGCGCGUUUCUACCGUUUGCCAUUCAAAGUGCGAGAUCUGGGGCUAG